GGAUUUCGAAAAAAAAUUCAUAACUGAGUCCGAAAACAUGAGGUCAAAAGUGGAUCGAUUUCAGCCGGAAUGUCCCAUAUACAACUAGUGUGCUGGUCACUGUUCAGAGCGCGGCCAUUUUGAAGCAGGCGCAAUGAGCCGAAAACAAGCACAAGAGAAUUUACGCAUUUGCUAGAGCAGGCGGUUCAUUUUCUGCAAAAUCAAAGACAAUCGCGUUUAGAACAUUAGAUUAGAAAAGUCUGUUUAUACGUUAGAAUAGUAAGAUGUUCAAUUCAAGUUCUCGUCGCAUCACAUGCAAAAGUAUAAAACUGGCCGCUAAUGUAAUAAUCAAUAAUUCUUAUGACGCUUGUGAACACCUGCCUCGGCGUUGACGUUUCUCGACGAAGAAGCAUGAAAUGCAUAGGAAGACAUCAAAAAGAAGCGUACCACUGACAGAGAAAUUCAAGCACCCCGAACUCCCCACGGACAUGACAGUACAGAAAUCAAAGGAAAAUGGUUUCAAGAAUCAUUGUCCCACGGUUGAUGCGCAAAAACCGUUUGCCAAAAGCGCUGCGAAUAUGUCGCAUCAUCCGUGGGCAAAAGCAGAGGAUGAUUCUUGGAGCUGGGAUCGUCGAAGCAGCGGCACGUCGAUAUCUUGGCCGGAAGAGAUGGAAGAAGUUGCGACGAAGAAAGUAAUCGAGCAGUGGGAUGCUGUGGAGAGAACUUUGUACGACGAGGAUAACCAAGUUGCAUCAGAGAGCUUGCGGAGCGAAUGUAUACAGUGGAGAACUCAACUCCCUCACCUGCGAAUUGUCGGCAAGGGGUUGCAGAAGCGUCAGAUAGUCGAUGCUAACAGCGACGACUCGGCUCCCGUUGACGUGAAAGAAAAAGACGGUCCCUCGACGGUCGAAGAAAUAAUCGAGGAGCACAAAGUGCCGGAAAAUGCUGAGGAAGGUGCUUCGGAUGGUCGCAACCGGGAAGAGACGCGGAACGAAGUUCUUGAUAGGAUUCUAGACUUUGUUUGUGCCGAACUAUUGGCGAACAACGAAGUCGACGAAUCGUUAAGUCAGAACUUGGACGCUGUGCUGAGAAUAACUCCGGCGCCAACUUACAGCGGUAGAAAUCCUCCCGGGAAUCACAGAACUGCGAACGAGUUCGUCGGCCAAACCCAUCGGAACUCAAAAUUACACAAGGACGAGAGGGGGGAAUUUAGCGAUGCUCUUGAAGUGUCUGGAUGUCUACCGGAAGUUCGGAAAAACAGUUCCCACGCCGAAAAAUCUGCGACAAGAUUCUCCGUCGGUAAAGGAAGCAUCACGCCAAUAUCCGCUCGGAGACAAGGAAAUAUGAGAGAGACUGCUCCUGAUGGUGUUUCGGCGAACCGUCUUUACACGCCACAGUUGCCCAGAAAUGCACUCGGGACCGUUUUUACUGAAAAAAUAAUCGUCAGUCCGGUACCGUUUGCGACGAGCACUAAGGAGAGCUUUUCUACGCUGAAAUCAACGCCUCUGACAUCGAUGAGAUUGUCGCUCGAAUCUUCGCUGGGGCAAAGAUCGGCUAGGAGCGUUAAUUCUGGUUUCAAAACGACUUCGGCUCGCCGAGUUGGCCUCUUCCACAUACCGCAAGUUCAUUCCGCUUGGCAAGCCCCGGUUUGUCCGACUGUGUGGCCUAAGAACGUCAAGUUGGCUCCGAUUGACAUAACGAGGCUUCCGAGUAGCCAGCGCAGAUCGUUGGCAACGUCCUUCAGCCAGCCGAGAAGAAGUCGGAACUCGUUAAGUCCGAUCCCUCGUGAAAUAAUGCCGAUCUCACCCCUUGCGAAUCGAGCUGCUGAGAGAACAUGCCUCGAAAUUCAAGGGAAGCGGAUAGUGAGGCAAAAAUCGAGGAUGAACGUGACGAGCGCUGGCUGGGAAUUCAACUCGCGAAACAUUAAGAAGAUAAGAAAUAAAGUAGAGAAUAAUGACGCGAGAUGAGAUUUUCGAGCGUUGUUAUAGCGUGCGGUGAACAAUUUAUCGACAGCGUUACGCCUAUCGUACAAAAGCACGAAAUUGAUUAAGAAUUUGUUGAAUUCGUACAAAUAUAUGUGUUUAAUUACCGACGACGAUCGUGAAAUAAGGUCGUCGACGGGGUGACGUUGAACGAAAGGGACCAAAAUUUAUUCCUAGCUAAUCGGGUAGAUACAACAGCCGAUUAUCGGGUUUACCAGACACCUCGCAGUGUCUGAUAAGAUGACGUGAUCGAUUUGGCAUAGGAACACGAGACGUAGAUAAGAUGUAUCUACUUCUUCUUGAUUUAUUGCAGAUACCGCAGGCUUAGGUUAAGUGCAUUGAUAACAGCUGCGGUCGUUCGCAUCAAGGCGAAAUGAUAAGUACCCUGCAAAAUGCCCUGUGUUAUCUUGCACUCGCGUAGAUAGGCAGUUUCUCGAUAGGCUUUACGGAUGAAAUUUCUUUAUACCGUUAGUCCGAUCGGAUCUGGACAGCUUAUUUGCAAAUGCAUGUAUAUACACCUGGUGGAAACUUUUCCAGUCGUGGAAAAAAAAAAUUCCAAACCGAUGAGUGACGAUGGAAAAUCAGCCUCAAUCGAGCAUUCUCAGUGUUGCACACGAAUAGCUGUAAAAUUUGCAUUUCCGUUGCUCCACGACAGAUGUGUGAUAGAAAUAUUGGAGUGAGCAAAUUUAUGAAAACAGCACUUGCAAUUUAACGAAUCUGAUAAUAAGCCAACUUGAAUUGCUCGGGAUGCUUCUCUGCUUUUUGUGUAUCUGACUAUCGCAAGCUCCUAUACGUAUACAUGGUCUGCCUGUAGCCUUGGCGAAAAUAGAACGCUCUGUAUUUGUGUGUUGUACGCAAGUGUAUUUUAGGCGGAUCUGUAUGUCCGUUUUCCGUAUAUUACGAGGAGCUACAGGGGCGGAGAGAGAGAAAGAGUAAAGAUAAAAAGGUUGGAGUGGAUAAAAGAUGGAGACAAACAUUGCCGUUAUAUAUGUGUGCUCUUUGUCAACGAAUCGGUGCCGCAAGCAUCGGCAUUAAUGGUCCGGAUAUACGUAUGGAAUGUCUAUGUACGUAUGCAUGUGUGUAUGUAUAUGUAAGUUUACUGGGUUGUAGAGCUUUUUGUACGUAUACAUGUCAGCUCGAUUGAUUGAUUGUCGUUACUAAUGGCCGAAAAGCACAUGGAGUUGGGGAUGUUCGAGUUCAGUGUAUCAGGAUAUCGCGCAUUCCUCAAUUUGGGGCUUUCAUUGAUAUGAAAAACGUACGCAAUGUUCUACUUUUUCAGAGAAACAUUUCCUCGGUACUUGAUAACUUUCGAUAAGAAAAUUCUUUCUCUUCGGAACUUGUCAGAUUUAUUUCAAACGAAGAU